AUUGCACCUAAAAAACCCUAAUUGGUAAUAGCCCCCACACUCACCCACCAUCUCUCUCAAAUCAUGUUGUUCUUCAUCCACUUUUUGUCUCUCAGAUCCUAAUUUAAAGUCUUAUAAAUGUUAGUUACUGAAAAGGACUAACAAAAGUCUUCAGAAAGUGGAUUAUGUUUUGUGUUUGAUCGUAGUAGUUGUAUUCUGUGAUGGCGUCGAGGCAAGGAGGAACAAAAUCAAGGAAAUCGAGUUCCAAGUAUGCGAAUUCACUGUCUUCAUCGACAACUUCGUCUUCGAAACAUGUUCCAGAUGUUUCAGUUGAUAAUCUGAGUUCUCCGGCUUCAUCAGCUAGAAGUAAGCCACAGUACGUUUACUCAGAGAGUUUGCCGGUGAAUUCAGAUAGAUCGAAAGAGAAUGUCACGGUUACUGUCCGGUUUCGGCCUCUCAGUCCGAGGGAAAUACGACAUGGGGAGGAGAUUGCCUGGUAUGCCGACGGAGAAACAAUUGUGCGGAACGAGCAUACUCCAUCAAUAGCUUAUGCAUAUGAUCGGGUGUUUGGGCCUACAACCACAACACGUCAUGUAUAUGAUAUUGCGGCACAUCAUGUUGUUGGUGGUGCUAUGGAAGGCGUUAAUGGGACUAUCUUUGCAUAUGGUGUUACAAGUAGUGGGAAGACCCACACUAUGCAUGGCGAUCAGAGGUCCCCUGGAAUUAUCCCAUUGGCGGUAAAGGAUGCUUUCAGUAUAAUUCAAGAGACUCCAAGUCGUGAAUUUCUCCUCCGUGUCUCAUAUUUGGAAAUUUAUAAUGAGGUUGUUAACGACUUGUUGAAUCCAGCAGGACAAAAUUUAAGAAUCAGGGAGGAUAGUCAGGGAACCUUUGUUGAAGGUAUAAAGGAGGAAGUUGUGUUAUCUCCUGCCCAUGCUCUUUCCCUUAUUGCAGCAGGAGAAGAGCACAGACAUGUUGGUUCGACAAAUUUUAAUCUGCUCAGCAGCAGAAGUCACACAAUAUUUACAUUGACAAUAGAAAGUAGCCCUUGUGGUGAAAAUGGUGACGGUGGGGCUGUUAACUUAUCACAGUUGAACCUCAUAGAUCUGGCAGGUUCUGAGAGCUCUAAAGCUGAGACUAUUGGUGUUCGUCGAAAAGAAGGAUCCUAUAUUAAUAAAAGUCUGCUGACCCUUGGAACUGUUAUAUCAAAAUUGACAGACAUGAGAGCAGCUCAUAUACCAUAUAGGGACUCAAAAUUGACUAGGCUCCUUCAAUCUUCAUUGAGUGGACAUGGAAGAGUUUCUCUUAUUUGCAAUGUUACUCCCUCAUCAAGCAAUUCAGAGGAGACGCACAAUACAUUAAAAUUUGCCCACCGUGCAAAGCACAUCGAAAUUCAGGCAGCACAAAAUAAGAUCAUUGACGAGAAAUCCCUUAUCAAGAAAUACCAAAAUGAAAUUCGAUCAUUGAAGUUGGAGCUAGAACACUUGAAGAGUGGCAUUGUAGUAGUUCCUCAACUUAAGGAUACUGGAGGAGAUGAUAUCGUUCUUCUUAAACAAAAGCUAGAAGACGGUCAAAUGAAGUUGCAAUCAAGAUUGGAGCAAGAAGAAGAAGCUAAAGCUGCUUUGCUAAGCCGAAUACAGAGGCUGACCAAAUUAAUCCUAGUCUCCACCAAGUCUUCGCCCUCAUCUAGACUUUCAAAUCGCCCAAAUCUAAGAAGAAGACAUUCCUUUGGGGAAGAAGAGCUUGCAUAUCUCCCGCAUCGAAAGCGUGACAUAAUUUUGGAUGAUGAAAACAUUGAGUUGUAUGUUCCUCUUGAUGGAAGUGUGGAAAAUAAUGAGGAUGCACUGAAAGAGGAGAAAAAAACCAAGAAGCCUGGAUUACUUAACUGGUUGAAACCACGGAGACGAGACAGUAUCUCUGGGGCAUUGACCAGUACUAAUGAUAAAUCAAGUGGCGCCAAGUCUAUCAGCACACCUUCAACUCCCCCAGCAGAUAAUCAUAAUUUUCCGACUGAAUCCAGACAUUCACACUCUUUGCUUUCAGAAUGCAGAUCUGCUGAGUUCUCAUCGGGGGGCAGACAAGAUCAAGAAAUCAACGAGGAUAUUUUCUUGCAACAAGAGAGUCCUCUUAUUAGCAUAAAUACAAUUGACCAAAUUGAUCUCCUUAGAGAGCAGCAAAAGAUUUUGUCCGAGGAGAUGGCAAUCCAUCUAAGUGCUCUAAAACGAUUGUCACCAGAUGCUGCAAGAGACCCUGAGAGGGAAUUUAUAAAUGUUGAGAUUACCCGAUUGAAUGAACAAAUCAAACUAAAGAGUGAUCAAAUCAAACUCUUGGAAGACAAAGUCGCUAAUUCUGCUGUAUCAUCUCAUCACAAAAUGGGUGAAGUUGAACAAGCACGAUCUGUUUCUGAGCUAGAAGCACAAUUAAGUGAGAAAUCCCUUGAGCUUGAGGUCAAAACCGGGGAUAAUCGAGUACUUCAAGAGCAGCUCGACCAAAAGAUCAAUGAAUGCGAAGGACUACAAGAAACAAUCAAGUCCUUGAAACAACAACUUUCCGAUGCAAGGAGUGAAUUUAAUGCAGAGAAAGAUGCAAAAACAACCUUGCUUUGUCAAGCUCAGGCACUCGAGAUUGAAGAACUCAAACAGAAAGUGGCCGAACUAACAGAAUCUGAAGAGCAGUUAGAAUCCCGUAGCAAAAAACUGGCGGAAGAGAGCUCAUACGCGAAAGGACUGGCCUCAGCCGCUGCAGUCGAGCUUAAGGCCCUAUCGGAAGAAGUUACGAAACUAAUGAACCACAACGAGAAACUAACGGCUGAGUUGGCAUCUCAGAAGAACUCCCCGACCCAACGUAGAACAAUGGGGUUCAGCAAGAACGGGCGAAAAGACGGCAGACAGAAAGAAGCAAGUCCUAAAGAGUCAGAGUUGAAGAGGGAGCUUGCAUUGGGCAGAGAAAGAGAAAUGUCUUAUGAAGCCAUGCUAUGUGAAAAAGACGAAAGAGAAUCGGAACUACAACGAACGGUUGAGGAAUCGAAACAGAGAGAGGCGUAUCUCGAAAACGAGCUCGCAAACAUGUGGGUUCUUGUGGCAAAGCUAAAGAAGGCACAAGGAGGAGGAACCAAGACCGAAGAGGCAUCGGAGUCGAGUCGGGAGAGUCAAGGAGUUGAUGGUUUUGAGAUGUGGACAAACAAAGGGUUUGUUGGGUGAUUGAUGAGCAAGUGAAAACAACAGAAAAUAGUAGAUGUUAGGAAUUGGGAUUGUGUGGUGUGUAAAAAGGUGUUUUUUUGCAAGUGUUGUACAAAUCAGGUUCAUAAGUUUGGUGACUAUUUGGGCCUAA